AUGGCUCAACUGCUUACCUCGGAGCUCACUUCGCUCGGCGUUGAGGCCAGGCGCAAGCAUCCCGAGAUCAAGCAGGCCGCCGAUGCUGCACUGGCUCGAAUCAAGGCCGAGCCCGAUGCCUUCCUCAGCUCGUCACGAUCCCUCGGCGGCCCGCCGUCCGAUCAUCCCUUGUUGCGGCCUGUCCUUCUCAGCUGCGAAACAAAGCUGCCCAAGGUCAUCUCGCUCGCCAUGGCACUGCUCCAACGCAUCCUCUUGCAGAAACUCUUGCCCGAUGAUGCGAUACCCACCGUCAUCACCGCCCUCAACAAGCUCCUCACUCCGCCCUCAAAGAGCGACGUGGACGUGCAGCUCAAGAUCCUCCAGAUUGCUUCCGCCUUGCUCACGACCUACCCCAACAUCCACAAUGCCGACCUCUCCGGAACGCUCAUGCUCGGCUUCAAGCUCCAUGAGGGUAGCAAGGUCGCCGUCGUCAGCUCCACCGCAGCUGCCACUCUGCGCCAGAGCGUCAUGGCCGUAUUCGACAAGGUAAAGGACGAAGAUGCAGUGCUCGACGGCAUCAAAGGCGGCGGAGAGGAGGCCGCCGCGUCGGCACCCUUGGCCGCCAUGAGCGUAGAUCUCCCCGACGGUCCCGUCACCCUCUUCCCAUCCUCACGCGACGCCUACCUCGUCUUCUCUGACCUCUGCUCACUCGCCAACGCUGAGCCUGCCUCCUUCCUCUCCCUCCAUACGCUCUCCAAGACGUUCUCCCUCGAGCUCAUCGAAAGCGUCCUCUCCAACCACCAGCGUCUCUUUUCCUCCCUCAACACGACCCAAGGACAGAAUGUCUCGCAUCCGGAGCUUCUCUUCCUCCUCCGCUCCAAAGUCUGCCCACUCCUCAUCAAGAGUCUCAGCGAACCUCCUGCAUUCCCCAUCCAUCUUCGACUCAUGCGGCUGCUCUUCCUCCUGCUCCGUCAAUUCAGCUCCGAUCUCGUCUUGGAAGUCGAAAUUCUGCUCUCCAUCCUCCUUCGCACCGUCAAUCCCUCCGCACACGAGGUCGCAGCUCACGGAGGCUCUCAGCCAACGCUGUGGCAACAGGUCCUGGCGCUAGAGGUGGUACGCAGUCUCUGCUCCGAUGACGUCUUCCUCCGCAACCUCUGGCUCUGGUACGACUCCGGCGAUGCUGCUGCUGACGACAGCGAUAGCCCACGCGGCUCCGCACCUGUCUUCGCCAAGCUGGUGAUCACACUCCAGAGCGUGCUGGUGCAGAGCGAAAAUGUAUUUGCGAUGGAGCCUACAAUGCAAGACACUACGGGAGCAGACGACACACCAGAUAGCCCGCGCCGGAGCCGCAUCCGUCCAAGUGCCGAUCGAAGCUUCAGUGGUCUCUACGAGGCCGCAGCCGGCGUUGCUAGCGCUGCCAUGUCCCAGCUUACAGGCUCCAAAGGCACCGAAUCGCUUUCGUCAGCCAGCUCACCUACAGUGCAGAUCAUCGACCAGCUUGACAAGGUCGAGGCCCCCUCGGUCGCCUCAGCCGCCCUUCCCAAGACCUAUCUGCAGCUCUUGGCUCUUCAAUCGUGCCACUUGCUCACGCAGUCCAUGGCAGCAUAUGCCCUCCCGCUCUAUUCCAAGUUCGUCAACUCGCGCAAGAGCAAUGCGGCUCCCGCACCCCCAGCUAUGCACGACACCGACAUCGACACACUCGGCAACUCCCCCGAAAGAGACGGAUUGCGCCUGACAAAGGCUAUGCUCAGGCGCUCGGCGCUGCCGCUCAGCGACGUACUGGUACGAUACCUGCGCAUAAAAUGCACCGACAGCAUCUUCGAAGAGACGCUGCUCGCUUUCCACAACCUCACCAACGUCGCUGGCGCCCUGGAUCUUGUACAGGAACGCGACGUGUUGCUCACGAGAGCAAUCACCUUUGCCGUACCAAGAUGGAACGCCUCUUCCCAAUCAGCCGUCUUGAAUGCGAUGGCGGGCGAUCCAAAUCUGCAAGCAGUGUCGACUCGCAGCUUGGCCUGCUUGCGAGCAUUCUUGCAAGUUGCGUACUACCUCUCUGGUUCGCUGGGCGCCUUCUGGUACCCCGUCCUCAGUGGUUUGUGUGGUGCGCACGCGCUGUUAAGCUCGCGCUAUCCAUCCGUGCAAGCCAGUGAUGACGGAGAAGAGGAUGAUGGCGACGUCAGCCGCAGCGGUCGAGCCACGCUAUCGACAUUAACGCACAGCUCCAUGACCUCGCUUGAUACACGCUCAGGUCGCAGCCAGCUUCAGCUUCUCAAUCUGGCAGACCUGCAGCCAGAUCGUCUCCAGGCGCAGAUCCAGAGCAUCUUUGACAAUAGCGCUGCACUCGAGGACGACGCAUUCCUCGACUUCAUUUCCUCGCUUUGUCGCCUGAGCGACGAUAUGAUGCAGCAGUCUAUCCAAGCUGCGGGGACCUCUGCAGCGGAAAGCGAAGCCGGCUCGCCCCGUGCCUCUGGCUUCCGAGGUCGUGCUUCGAUCAGCAAGAACGAGAGCGCCUCGACCUUCUACCCGAUCAGCUGCCUGGAUUCAGUAACUGCGCUCAACACAAAGCGUCUGUGCUCGCUUCCGUCGGAGCAGGGCUGGGAGCUCGUCGCGAAGCAUCUGACCAAGACGCUCUCCAGUGCCGCUCUCUCGCCUGUAUGGCGCUCGCAGGCAUCGCAGGCGGCCAACAAGCUCGCCUUUGGAACCAUGUCCGAGGCGGCAGAGUUGUCAGGCCGCGCAGACAAGCUGCGUCUAGAGGAACAGGCACUGCGUGUCAUCUCGAGCGCCGGCAUUCUCGAGGGAAGAAGAGCGUCGUUGGUCGACCUGGAGGUUCGAACCACCUCGGUCGAGAAUCUGAACAAGGUCAUGGAGACUUUUGGGCAUUCGCUCACGUGCGGUUGGGAGCUGGUGUUCGACGUCUGCUCGGCUACAUGCAAGAGCGACAAGAGGAGCGCUGAGGGUGUUUCGGAGACGUCGCCGGCCGCGCAACGGGCGCAGUUGGCGCUUGUCAAGGCUGGCUUCUCGUGUCUGCAGCUCGUGUGCUCCGACUUCCUGUCUGUCUUGGACCUGCAACAGAUCCAGAGGUGCUGUAGUUGCCUCAAUGACUUCGGCAGUCAAGACAUGGACGUCAACGUCGCGCUCACAGCUAAUGGCUGUCUAUGGGGCGUGACUGCCGAGAUGGCGGCGCGAGCCAAAGCAAGGGCUGCAUCUGGCAAGGAUGCCAAAGUCGAUGCCGAAGCGCAGCCGCUCUGGCUGUUCAUGCUGCAAUGUCUGCUGUCGAUUUCGCAGAGCACCAGAUCCGAAGUACGCAACGGCGCCAUCUCGAAUCUUUUCCGCGUUCUGCAGCAGUACGGCGACAUGCUCGAGUCGACAGCAUGGCAAGAGAUUGUCGAGACCAUCAUCUUGCCGCUUAUCAAACUGCUGCGAGCUUCGGCGUCCGACUUGGAGAGUGGAACGGCCGAGGGACUCGCAGAUCAAGAUCGAAAGGCACAGCUCAUGGGCGUCCAGCCGAGUGAGCUCAAGCAGUGGCAAGAGUCACAGUGCCUGGCGCUCACCCAGUUUGGCGAAGUCGUGCGGGCGUAUUUGGCAUCCAAGCUCAUCCACAGCCCCAACUUUGAAGGAAUCUGGUCGCGUCUGCUCGAGUUGACGCGGACUACCUUCGUGGCGGGGCCGGCAGACCUGUCGCAGGCGGCGAUCAAGUGCUUCACGUCCAUUCUUUCGGCGCCCGUGCAGGACGGAGAGCAGAUUGGCGAGGCCGAUCGCGAGAUUGUACAGCGCGCCUGGCGACAAGCCUGGAACAAUUGGGUCACGAUCGGACGGCAUAUCCGCGGUCAGGAGUCAAAAGCCACCGACUCGAGCUUGGGCGAGGACGGCAAGGACAAACAAGCUCGCUUCACCCAGAAGAAUCUCUUGGCUUACAUUCAGGCGUUCCCGCCGAUCUACCGCGUGCUGGAAGGCCACUUCGAUUACAAGGAGGUCGAGACGCUCCUGGCCAGCCUCAAAGGGUGCGUGUCGUACGCGCAGAGCCCGGACAACAUGUCGGACAGGUCGAGCCUGACCAACGUGCAAGAAGCCGCACGGGCGACCGCAAGGUCGGUCGCAGGCGUCAAGGAUGUUCCGGCACUCAUCCUGUCGGACCUGUCCGAGUGCGUCUGUCUUGCGCAUGCCGGCGGUCAAGCAGGCGGAGACCAAGCCAAGAGCGGGCCAACGUUCGUCGCUCUCUCCCGGACGAGUAUCACCGAGGCUUUCGGCGUGUUUGUGUCCCACGAGGACGAUGUGGCGAUCUACACGGGCGGCGCGUUCGAAAGCCUGAUUUCGGCGCUCGUGAUCCCGAUCAAGCUCAAGUACGACUGUCCCGACUGUCCUGCUGCAGGUGCGUCGGCAGGGCGCAAGGACGAGACGCAGCCUAUGUGGCAGCUCGCACUGCUGACGUUCUGUCGCAUCUUGUCGCGCUGCUGUCCCAAGCUGAACGUCCGCGCACGCAAGGGCGAGCUCGAGCGCGAGGUCGUGAAGCGACUAUGGAGCAAGAUGAUCGACGGCAUCGGGGCAGCGAUCUCGGCAGACUCGAGCGGUGCGUUGCAGCUACCCAGGGAUGUGCGGGAUCGGGACGAACGCUUCGGGCUGUUCCUUCUGGGAACGAUCGAGAAUUUUGUCUUGCCUUACUUGGGCGAGAGCGAGGUGCCGGACUAUCUUAUCGAUCGGGUCGGCCGCGCUCUGGCGUUCGGUUCGAAGCUGUACAGCUUCGAGGAGGAGGCACCGCUAGAGGGGCAGGGCGGAUGUGCCGAUGACGUGACUGAAGUGGUCAACGAGCGCUUCGGCUACUGGUGUUUGGACCUGCUCUUCCUCGGCUGCUCCGAGGGCCGCGGUCAAUCGGAGGUACAUCGCAGACUCGCGACGGCCCUCCUCAAGCAUCUGGUUCCGCGGUGCGAGCAAGUUUUGCGCUCAUAUGCGCGUGAUCUGCAGAUCCGCGGCGCUGUGCCGAUGCCCAGAGUGCGCCAGGAGGAGAUCAACCAUAUCCUUCUGCGGUACACCGAGCUGCGUCUGCUUCCCAACACCUUGCAGAGCGCAACCGGGACGCACGCAUGGCAUUCAGCGAAGCGUACGCACCUGUUCUCAGCCUUCAGGCUGCUGCUUGUGCUUGUGUCUGUGUCGACGGCCUCGAAAGUGCACGCGAGCAUCGGCACGUCGCAGCCUGAAAGCGUCGUGACGGACACGGAGGCACUGGCAAAGACUUUCACCGAUGCAGGGCUGCAGCUCGGUGUCGUUGGAACUACGCGCGACGUGCUCGGAGCGAAGUCCACCAAGCGCGACGAGGCGGAGCCGAGCGAGCUGGCUGCAGAGGCGCUCGCGCUGGUUGCAGACGAGCUUGGAGUCGAAGCGGCCUAG